GAACAAAAUGAAAAAGAUUAGUUCAAGCUUUUCAAUGUCAGCCAUCUUUAUUAUCGCCAUGUUUACAUCUCCCCCAUGCUCAGCAGCAAGAAAACUCCUUAGCUCGGAAACUGAUACAGCCUUCAUCAAAACUUGGUGUGAUUCCACGAGCUACCCUGACUUAUGUUUCGCCACUUUUUCAAGCUACGCAGCUGAAAUCAAAGGCAGCCCCCAAAUAUUAGCCACCAAGUCCCUCUUCGUCGCACUUAACACCACACGUUCGGCUUCGAAGUCGUUCAACAAGCUCCGCAAAAAGCAGGGAUUAAAGACAAGAGAGGCAGCGGCUCUCCAGGAUUGUGUGGAGGAAAUAAGUGAUUCAUUCGAUGAGAUCAAGAGGUCUGUUGCCGAAAUGGGUGAGAGUGGUGGCAAAAGCUUUGCUUUUCGGAUGAGUGAUGUACAAACAUGGGCGAGUGCUGCUUUGACCGAUGAAAAUACCUGCAUGGAUGGCUUCUCUGAGACUGCCGUUGAUGGAGCUGUCAAAGAUAAGGUGAGGACUGUGAUUGAGAAAGUUGCACACUUAACCAGCAUUUCUUUGUCUAUUGUCAAUCGCUACGCUGGCGCCAAAAAUUAACCUUUCACUUGAAAGGAAUUUUUAUUUUUAUUUCUUGUGAAUUAUUUCGCCUU